CCCAUACUACCACUUUCUACAGCAUGGCGUCGCCGUCCUGCUUCGAAACGCCGUCGUCUGCUCUUUCUUCUUCUUCAAAAAUAGAGUGGGGCGAGAAGGUCUCGGACAAGGUGUUCUCACUCUACAACUCUCUUCCCAAGAAAGGAAAGCCUCAGGGUCGCGAAGUCACCGACUUGGCCGCUUUCCUCGUUUCCUCUCCUUCUCAAGAAUUGGAAGUUGUCGCGUUGGGAACUGGGAUCAAAUGUCUUGGGCGUUCACUCUUGAGCUCCAACGGUGAUGUCGUCAAUGAUUCCCACGCCGAGAUUAUAGCUCGAAGAUCUUUACUGAGGUUCUUCUAUGCACAGAUUCAGUGUCUUACUCAAGUUUAUAGUAAGCAAAGUGAUAGCAAUGGAAGCACAGAAUUGCAAAAUGGUGAUGCCAAAAACUUGCUUUUUGAAUUGGACCCUAAUGGUGAUGGCCAAGGAAAAUACAAACUGAGGAAGGGUUUGCAAUUAAACUUGUGGGGUUGCAUCUCCGAGUUCACUGUUGUCUCCCCCAAAAAACAUCUCACCAACAGAACGGGGUUCAUCUUUGGACGAGCUUAAUGUUUCAAUACAUGAAGAGGCUCUACCAAAUACUAAUGGUGAUGUUUCACAACUAAUUGGCU